UAAAAAGCGAUCUACUUACUAGGCGAGGAGCUGAGCUUUAGCAACAUGUCUAGCCCUGGAGCUGACACCCGGUGCCAUUUUUAUGUGAUUCAGCCUCAUGAUCCGCGGAUUACUAGGGGAGAGCUGGCAUAGCCCAUUGGCUACUAGGUACGUGACGUAGGUUCGCAAAUGGGCUGAUAGGCCUCGAACAGCAUUGAAUCCUCCUUCUUACUUGGCUGAGCUGGGGGUUGUCUUUGUAACUAUAUAAGAUUCGUUGGAACCCGGAGGUGUUUCACGGGAAUCCUUCUCUCUCUACCUAUGUAGUAUAACGAAAAAAAAAAAGUAAGAAAUACGCAUCGAAUUGUAUAAGCGAUCUAAACGUCAACAAGAUUGCACUAAUUCAAAAGUUAUCUAUCCUUCGAUAUAUCAACCAAAUCCAAAAUGGGACACCAACUACCGCCCUUCCCCCGCCAAAUGGGCAUGUUCAUGCCGUUCAUGGCGACGCAAUGCGAGACGCUCAUACUGAAGGAGAAGCUCAUGUCGCUGUCCGGGAACAGUUUCGACAUUGGCCUCGCCAACGGGCAGCCGAUCUUCAAGGUCAAGGGCGAGACCUUUUCGCUGUCCCACCGCAUGACUGUCACGGACAUGAGCGGGCGAUUCCUGUUCUGCAUCCGCAAGAAGCACUUCCAGAUGCACAGCACGUAUUACGCCGAGAACGCCAACGGCGAUGAGAUCUUCCAGGUGGUGAGCCGGUUUAAGUUCGUCGGCUCCAAGUUCAUCGGCACCUUCACAUCGGCCAACGGCCAGCAAGAAGAACUGCAGAUGAAGGGCGACUGGACAGACACGAGGGCGGAGAUCACAGACGUACCUAGCGGACAAACCGUCGCAGCCAUCUACCGCGACCGAUGGAACGCGCGCGAACUGCUCGGCGGACAGCAGACGUAUCGCGUCUCGAUCGCGCCGAACGUCGACAUGGCUGUCAUCGUGGCCAUGUGCAUUUGUCUGGACAUGAAGAGGAACGAGACUACGGCAAAUUCUUAAUGGCUGUCGUAUCAUACUUCCUUCUUCUUUUUCUUCUUUUUUAUGUAUGUCUCUUAGGGGAUGUACAUCGCCAUUUGAUUCGGUUUGAAGGACAUGGCAAUGCAUUAUGAAGCGUACAGCAGUUUUAUACCAAAAUGCGACGGAGCAUUCGAGGCGAGGGGGGAACGGGACAUUAUUGCGGGGGAUCGGCGUUUUGUGCCUUUACUGUUCAUGUCUUGGUAACACGCUAAGCAGAAUGCCUACCUAGGUACAUAGGUAACCCAACCCAUGGGUUUGAUACCUAGUAACGAGUUGAAUGAUAUUCUUUCGAAGUAUUCUGCUUCAUGUGAUACUCUGUCUUGAGGAUAGGGGAACUGGUAUUCGUAAAAUGUAUAGACCGGAAGGUUAUUUGUUAGUGGUGAAGACAGGAUGCGAAUCUCUGAGAGGCAUUUGGAAGAUAUUUGAGAUCAAUUAGGUGCCUAUCCUUCAUGUAACAAGGAAUAGAAUUGGGGGCGGGUUGUGUUGUACUAGCUUUUGCGAUUUAAUUAAUACGUAUUCGAAGUUCAAGGCAUGAUCGGCGCUCUAUAAUACUCGUUGUCGAGGAUGAUGAACGAACAAUGGCGC